AUGGAAACUUCAACUUUUGUCAAACAACUAUCGUCUGUUAAUAGACCAAUUAGGGAAAAAGCCCUUGAAACCUUGAGAACUUUUUUACUGUCUGAUAAAUUCAAACGUUCCAAACAAUUGCAGUUUGACAAAUUAUGGAAAGGUUUAUACUAUGCAAUGUGGUUUAGUGAUAAACCAAGACCGCAACAACGUUUAGCCAAUAAAUUAGGAGAAUUAUUUAUCAUAUAUUUUGAUGAUAAGGACAAUGAAAUCGAGAAAAAUAAUAGUGAUAAAGAGAUCACUAUAAAUGAUAAAGCGUUUAUUAAGUUCAGUAAAGCAUUUUGGAAAAUUUUAUGUAUCGAAUGGUUUAAUAUCGAUCGUUAUAGGUUGGAUAAGUUCCUUUUAUUAAUUAGACGUGUCUUUUUCAACCAAAUCAAGUAUUUACAAUUAAGGCAAUGGAAUAAAUCAUUAGUAGAAAGAUACAUUGAAAAAGUUCUUAAGAGUAUACCUUUGAGUGGUGAUAAAAAAGUUUACACUGGCCUUCCAUUACAUGUGAUAGAUAUUUUUUUUGGAUGA